AGAGUGUACAUAUUUUUUGGAAGUAUGAAAAAACGCAUGUUGUUACUGAUUACACUGUUAAACUAAAAUCUCUAAACUUUAACUAAUAUUAUGGAGAAAGAUGACGACGAUACCUUGCAGUUCCACGAGAUGGGAAUAGAUGAUCGAAUUUUAGAGGUAGGCUACGUUAUCAUGAAUUACAUUAAGUUUAAGAAAUAUAAUUGCAAUCAAGGACAACAUAAACAGUGCGGCUUAGUGCCAGUUCAGUAAAUUUUUAGUAAAUUAUAUAAUAAAUUGUAAAUCAACCAACCAGCUCGCAAACUCAGCCUAGUCUACUGCUACUUUCUUAGACUUUCUAAAUUAAACUAAAACUCUGUCUUUCUGUCUAAUGUUUAAUAUUUAGCUAAAUAAAGUUUUCAACCCUAGACCUAAUUAAUAAAAUGGAUCAUCAUCUAAUAAUUAAAAUUAAAUUAAUUAUAAUUCAAACCAAUUUUGACCAGUUUACUGUUGAGUGAGUGAAGUGAGAAUAGACUUGUAAAUAAUUCUUGCAGAAUUUUUGUUUGUGGGGGGGGGGGGGGGAUUAUAUUAUUGAUCUUGUGACUAGUGAGAAAUAAUCUGUUCAUCGCCUAUUUUAUACCUUUUUUAUUAUAUGGCAUAAUAUGGCAUUGAUUUUGAUUGUCACCAGUGUUGAAUCUCCCCGCAAACUUUAUCUAAACUUUAGAGAGGUUAGCUGAAUUCAGGGAGGAUCAUUUCCUCCUAAAAUAGAUGACUUACUUAUAAUAUAUGAAAUCCAAGAUGCCAUGGUUUUCAUACAUUGUGAGUUUAUCAUAGUGUAGUAAGCUGUCCAUUAACAAGUUUGCACAAGUACAGAUAUCAUUACCUCAGCACUGUAAGCAUUUAAUCAAAAUGGAUGAAUGAUAACCAUUGGUGAAGGAAAUGAGGGGCAUAAUAGGGCCAGUCAACCUGCCGCUGCACUUUUUUUCUUUUUAUAUGGAGAUGUGGUAUUUCGGCAAACUGCAGAGUUUUUCCGUUAAGGGGCGGCAAAAAUCAUGGCCAGAUAGCACUUAGACUCCGCUGAUAAUAUCAAUAAUUAAUGCAUUUACUAAGUCAUUUAUUUUUAUUUACAAUACAUCUAGGUCAAGCAAGAAGCUCAGUAUAUUAAAUUUAAUUUUAUUGAAAUCAAAACUAUAGCGGGUUGUAUUAACAAAUCUGAUGUCAUGGCCUGAGUCAGGUCAACAAAUAACUACCACACGCAGCCAUGGGGUUUGGUGUGGUGUAGUAAUGGCUGGCUGGAACAAAACUGAUAUCGUAAUGGUGAGACAGUGGCCUAUCAUCUCUAAAUAUAGAUUGCUGUUUCCACUUACAAGGUUAUAAGAGUAUGGCAAAAUAUUACUUUGUUGUGCAGAUGGUUAAAUACUUUGUAAAACUGAAAUUGUGUUUUAAACUGGUUUUAUAAAACUAAAACCAGUUUCUCAAAUCCAGCUUUGACAUACCUAGUUUACAUUUAAAGCCGAAUUCCAUCUGUGCAUUUUAUGCAUUUGAUUUAAAAAUAUUUUGCAGUUUUUUCUCUGGAUUGGGAAUUAUCUUAAAUUAAGUGAAAUUGAAUUAUGCAUAUCAGUAAUUUUUCUAAUUAAUAAAAGACAAAUCUGGUGAAGAUAACAUUUGGGAAGAACAGUGGAAAUGGUGGAACAGUUUUAAUAGGAAAUAAUUUUUGAAAAAAAAUGUUUCAAAGCAUUGUAUAUACAGUAAAAAUUAUUUGAAACUGAGACUAACAUUUUCUGGUUGUAAAAAAAUUGCGGGCCGCAAGUGUUUAGUUUAUGGAGAUAAAAAUGCAAAUGAAAUUAUGGUACCUAACAAAUUGAGCCAUCUUUUUUACCUCAAAAAUGCAAUCGAACGUAUUUCACUGAGCAUUCUCAUAGUUAAGCUAAGUGCCUAAAUUUUUAAAUUGAUAAAUAUUUUUUUUAAAUGACAUGAAACAGUUUUUUUUUACACACAUUAUAUACAUUAAUAGAUAUUUGGGGCAAGUAGAUUUUUGUAAAAAUGACUUGACAAGUAACUGCCAUAAAAGAUAUUUCUUUUUUUAUCAAAUAACUAGGCUAUUUCAAAGCUAGGAUGGUCACAGCCCACACCGAUUCAAGAGAAAGCCAUUCCAUUAGCAUUGCAAGGAAAAGAUAUCUUAGCAAGAGCUCGAACAGGAUCAGGGAAAACGGCUGCAUAUGCCAUUGCAGUCAUACAGAAACUACUUCACAUGAAGCAGGUGACUCUCAAACCAGUUACCACUUCUUGUUUUAUCAGUGAUGAAAAAGUGCAAGGUCCUAUUUAUUUUUUCCACCCCACUGCAACUAUAGAUGUUGUCCCCUGUUACCUUUAUUGUGAUAAGUGCCAAGAAAAGAUUUGUUUGACCAUGUGUCUGCCACUAUUAAAACUUUCUUAAUUAACUGUACACAGUUGUGAAUCUGGAGAUGUUGGAAACUUUGUACACGCCCAAACAUGUUUUUCACAGUUCAUUAAAAUGAAAACACAGUGCAUUUUAAUUGUUUUUAAUUAUUAUUUUGAUUGCUUAGUUUUCCCCAUCUGCUCUUUUUUCUGGUAUUUACUUUGAAAUAAAGAAAAUAAGAGUAUCAGUACUUUUCUACUUAAUAUGGGAAUAAUUAUUUAAUAAGCUCCUCAGUCUUGUGUUGAUAAUUCCUGGCUAUUUUUUUUAAGUGAAAAAAAAUGUUUGUCCUGUUUCUGUCUAUUUAUCGCUUUAAGCUUUGUAGAAUUGUAUAUCAUGAUUAUUAAAAAAUAAGUUAAAGGUUAUAUGCUUUUUCAUAUCCCUUUCUGGUGCAUUUUUUAUUCCAUUGACACAGGUAGACACAUUUAAUCAAUGUGUUAGUGUUGUUUUAAAAGUUAAUCUUAUAAAUAAAGCAACAUGUCUUACUUUCAUCAUUUAAAAAAAUCAUUUAUAUUGUGAAAGAUAAACUUCUUAUUUAUUUCAGACUGCCUCCUUGCAAGCAACAAGAGCUGUAAUCCUUACACCAUCUAAAGAGCUUUGCAAUCAAGCACGCAGAAACAUAUUGGUAUCUAUUCUUGUUAUCAUUUUAAAAAUGAAGCCCAUGUUAAUUUAAAAUUGUUUUUUGUCAGCUGUUUUAUCCUUUCAUUGCACUUUUUUACCCUAGGAAUUGACCACAGGAUGCUCCAGAGAUAUCAAAUGUGUUGACAUUUCACCCCAAGUACCCUUGGCUUCUCAAAGGUAAGUCUAGGGUGGCGGAGACUGCAAUAAUAUUGCCACAUUGGUUCAAGUUGCUAUGGUCCUAGAUGUAACUCCCUUAACAACUAUUAGAGGAGUAUUAAAAUGGAGAAUGCUCUGAAAUUUUAUUUUGUAGCAAAAGUUAUAGCUAACUUUAAACUUUAAUGGCUUUGUUAAGAUUUAAUCUUUUUAAAACACUUAUUGUUCAAUGAUAUUGAAAGAGUAAAUAUUUUUUUUAAGUAUAGCUCAAAAAAUUAUUUUUAGACCCUUGUUGAUGGAAAAGCCUGACAUUGUUGUUGCUACCCCAAGUAGACUGUUGGCUCAUAUCAGGGCAGAGAACAUCAAUGUCAAGAAAACUUUGGAAAUAUUAGUGGUGGAUGAAGCUGACCUUGUCUUCUCUUUUGGUUAUGAAUCUGAUGUGAAAGAACUUCUUGAGUGAGUAAAAAAAAAUUUCUUUAAAAGAGCAUACUAAUAUUGCUUGUAUGUGGCCAUUAACAAAUCUGAUAGUUUUAUUUCUUGAACUUUUUCUUUUCAUCUUUGAUUCUGAUGUUGCUUUAGGAAAAUUGCCACAGGAGUGUCCUUAAAAAGCUGUUAAUGUUUAGAUCUGAAAAGUUUGGGACUGUAUUCUUUGUUUUGCUAACUCAGUAUUUCAAAGUCUCUAAUUCAUUUUUAAUUGAAUUCUUUACCCAGCAACUUCCCAAAAAUUUAUCAAGCAUUUAUGAUGUCUGCAACACUUGGUGAAGAUGUGAAAAACUUGAAGAAAAUGGUCCUGCACAAUGCUGUAUGUAGAAAGAAAGGAUAUUAAUAAUAUUUCUGUUCCUGUAGCUAAAGUUUAACUCUUAAUUUUUUUCUGCUGUAUAUUAAAAAAGGAUAUAUACUUAAAUUUGAAGAAGCUAUUACAUAUAUCGCGUCUUAUUAAUAAAAAAAUUCCAUUUUUCCUUUGGGUCACAGCUAGUGUACUUUGUUUUUACAACUUUUUUAUUUUAAAGUUUUUACAUAUUUUUUUUUGAUUUUUGGGACGGACGUUGUUGUUGUUUUACAUAUAUUUUGCAUUUCCCUGUCUCAAAGGUAAUCUUGAAACUAGAAGAAUCUCAACUGCCAGAAACUUCACAGCUCAAUCAGUAUCAAAUUAAGUAAGUUUCUGGGGGGGGUUUUUGUGUUUUUUUUCCAGGAAAACUUUUAACCAUGCCUCAAAAGUUGUAAAAAGGUUGGUUUUUUUUCUUGUAUUUUACUUCCCUUUCUUCUUCUAUGUUUCCCGCAUAUUAUAAAUGUUUUAGGUCGAUCAUACAUUUUUUACUACACACCACCCUCCCCCCCCCCCCCCCCCCCCCCAUUCUAAUAAUAUAUAUAUAGCUCUUUUAUUUAAUAAAUGUUUCAUUAGUUUAUAAUACAUUCAAAAUUUCUUUGCAUGUGUAUCGUUUUUUUUUAAAGUAGAAGCAAGAAGGUUAUACUUUCAUUUCUUGUUAAAUUUGAAAUGAAAUGUUUUUGGACAUGAAUUUAUAUUAAAUUUUUUAAAAUAUGAACUGUGUAAACCUAAUCAAUAUCUCAGACUUGUUUACCCCUGUGUUAGUGUCAGAGUAGUUUUCAUCUCUCAAAAAUGUAGUUUCAAGCUUUAAGAGUAGUUUGGUCAAUCAGGAGUGGGGUGGGGAGGCUGAUUUGCAAUCAAAAUAUAAUUUGUGUCAGGAAAUACACUCAACUAUAUAAGUAAGUUAACACAAUAUAUAUAUAUAUAUAUAUAUACAAAAUAUGAUCCUCCAAUUUGUCUCUAAAGGGCUUAAGGAUAAGAAAAGUUCUUAAGCAAGCACAAAAAGCACUGACUAAAAUUCAUGACUGCAACACAACAGUUUUUUUGUUUUCUUGGCAAUAUGAAAAUCAGAAUUUGUAAAAUUAAAAACAAUAUGGAAACACCAGAACAAAAUUGACCAGUAAAGGUGUAUACACAUAUAUAUUUAUUAAAUUUCCAAGCUAUAGCACACAUUUUACAUCAGUUUACUUAAAAGGAUUUUACACAUUUUUGUGUCUAAGUUUUCAAAGUCCUGAAAAAUUUCAGCAAUGUCUCCAGUUUCUGUGGGUUUAUAGAACAUGCAUUUAGUUAUCACAAGAAGAAAACAUCUUUUCAUAUAGGCUAUGGAAUCAAUGUCUUUUUCCUGCAAGGAAAAUGAACAGUUACAGUAAACACACUUUAGUAUCUAUAAAACCUCUACCAUCAGGGUUUCUUAUUUGGACACAUAAAUUGAGAGCUUGACUGAGAAGUUCCAGAAGUGGACACCUCAGGUGGUUGAUAAGGAUGAUUGGCUUUUAUUAAACAUUUUCGCCUCAAAAUAGCACUUGCGGACUGCUGCAAAUAUGCUUGAUAUCAAUAAAUCUAGUAGAGUGUAGCAAUGAUGACUUGUUCAAACUUGGUUGCUCCUCAAACCAUCAUCAGUCUUUUAGCCUUGGUUGCACUCCUAUCACCAGUCUUUAACUGUUGUUGUUGGACAUUAUUUUAUUAACCCUAGACCCUGAAUAUAGAAACAAAAAAGAAUUAACAUAUUAUUAUUAUAUUAGGCUCAUUUAUCAUUUAGAUUAUUAUACUAUUUAUAUCAGAAUUAAUAUGGUAGAGAUCAGAGAUAGUAAAGCAGGACCAUGCAGUGGCCAAGGACUUAGCCAAUGAAGUGCAGAAGAAGGGGUAUCAAGAACAUUUUGAACAAUGAGAUUUGAAAUGGUGGCAUGCAAUGUUAAUUUGCAUUAUUAUUAGUGAAGUACAAAAAAUAAAAAAUAAAAUUAACUUAGGCCUUUAAUUCUUUCUUUUUUUAAGGACUCUGUGUUAUAUUUUAGAUUUAAAAAAAGGGUCUAUUACUAAGUUAACAACUAAAAAAUGAAUUUCACUACUUUGAUCAUAAGCAUAGCAUAGAGUAGAACUAUGCCUCACACCUCAAGCUCCUAUUAUUACCAUUAUUCAAAUAAGUAUUGUUAUAAUCAUUAGGCUUACAGUAAACCCGGAAAAAGUAGGCUAAACUUAGUGACAAGGUAGUCUAAGAAUAAGUAAUAUACAAUAGAUGGAUAAUUUGGUUAUUGGACAAGUAGUUGACAUAGAAAAAGAAUAUUUCUUUUUAAAAUGGAAAAACUACAUUAAAAUAAUUAUUGACUGAAAUAAAAUAAUUGUACACUUUACUUACCCCUUAAAAUGUUGAUAGGUAAACUGAACAGAAAGAAACUGCCAAGGCAUUACUGUACUAUUUUUCUGAACACAAAAAAAUGUGGUACACCGAAAACACCUAAAUUUAUUUAUUUUUUAUUAGAAAUAAACCAAACAAAAAAAAACAACUCCUGAAACCAUAGUUUUCUUAAAGCUCGUAGUUCCAUAAUCUUAGUCUUUAAAACAUAGUUACUACAGUACAGUGAAAGCAUAGGUGUAAACAGGUCUGGUAUUACACCUUUACCCCAACCACAUUCCCCACUCCUUCCAAAUGUAUGUAAAUAAGUACAAACAUAAGUUAAGACAAGCUCUUGGGGGGGUAUAAUAAUUUACACCUGCAAACUAAAUGUUUUUAAAGAUUCAAAUCUCAUACAGAUUUUAAAAUGUAGAUUUUUGCUCUCAGUAGUGGUGGCUACUUAACUUUUCAUUGUUAGUGAUGUAUUUUAAUAAAACAACUUUCUUCAUUCUUAGGUGUGAGGAGAAUGACAAGUUUGCACUGACAGCUGCCUUACUGAAACUCAACUUGGUUAGAGGGAAGAGUAUCUUUUUUGUCAACUCUGUGAACAAAUGCUAUCUGUAAGUCCUGGGUUCAAGUUUAAAACUUAGCAUUAAAAACCUAUGUCAAAUGUAAUUUCUGUAUAGAUUAGUAAAAUAGCUCAUCAGUGUUGUGUAAAUCUUUAUCAUAAAGUGACACAUAAAAAUUUAAAGGGCAACAAAUAAAUUUGUUUGUUCCACGAUGUGUAAGAUUAAUCUUCAUGAUUUUUAUUCAAGGAAUUAGUCGAUGUGGUCGCAUUAAUGGACAGCCAUUUAUUAUAUUUCAAUAGUUGCUUGUUUUGCUAACCUUUGAUACAUGUACAUAUCAUUUCAUUUCUUGUUAGUUAUUCCUUUUUAUUAAUCAAAAUAAAUAUGUUUCCUUAGAUUAAAACUAUUCCUUGAACAGUUUGGUAUUAGAGCCUGCAUCCUGAACUCAGAAUUACCUGUGAAUUCAAGGUGUGUUUUGAUUUUUUUAACACUGAAUUACAGCAUACCCUAGAUUUAGACAUUUAUUAAAAUAAUCACACAAAAUAUAUUGUAUACAUUUCAUUGACUACUACAGAUAUUAUAUUUUAUUCCUAUCGACAAGUCCAAUUUCCUUUUCAGGUGUCACAUAGUCAAUCAGUUUAAUGAAGGUUUAUACGACUAUGUCAUUGCUUCAGAUGAAUCUGUGAAUGCAGCUUCAUCAUCUAAAAAAUCUGAUUCAAAAGCAAAAGAGAAGCCAAAGAGGUUAGAAUAUGCAACAAUUGAAAUAGUGGAGUUAAGAUACGGGAUUAAUUUGUUGUAUAGUAUAAGUCUCUCCUAAGAACCUUCUGUACCAAAGUAAGAUUUUUAAAUGUGUUAUUGUUUAAGUGUCUUAAAUUUAUCAGGUACAUUAAUUUCAUUUCUGUAUUUAAUUUUUCCAAUGCCUAGAGCUAUUGUUAAAAACUUAACUAUACCGACAUAAACUUCAUUUCGUGCAUUUCAGGCUGAAGAAAAGUGAUAGUGAAUAUGGUGUGUCUAGAGGUAUAGAUUUCUACAAUGUGUCUAAUGUGAUCAACUUUGAUUUCCCACCCAAUCCAGACGCUUACAUUCACAGAGUUGGAAGGUUGGUUUUCUCUAUAACUUAUUACGAAAAAUUUUUUUUUUUUUUUUUAAAUUGCAUGCAAAAAGUAAUCUUUAUUGGGAUGUGUGUAUAAUUUUUAUUUUUCUCCAUCCCUAGGACAGCAAGAGCAGAUAACCCAGGAACUGCUUUGUCUUUUGUGAGUGUCAAGGACAAUGAAAAGCUAAUCGAAGUGGAAGAAGCACUUCUUGGAGAAAAUGGUGAUUGGUAGCAAAUAGAUAUUGAAAAAUAAAUGCUAUUGAUCUCUGAUCAUGUAAAUAUUGUUUCUGAAAUCAGAAUUACAGUAAUUGUUAAUGGUUCACAUAUUUCUUGCAUGAAACAUUUCUCCUGAUAAAUAUGUAUAAUCUAUUUUUGGAAUUUUAAAAAAAAAUUUAAAAUUCAGUUUCUUUCAUUAUGUCAUAUUUUAAUUGUAUAUUUUUUCAUCUGCUGAUCUAGGGACAGAUUCUGUCUUUAAACCCUACAAUUUUAAAAUGGAAGAAAUUGAAGGAUUUCGUUACAGGGCAAAGGUAUGGAACUUUGUGUGUGUUAAUACUUGCAGUGACAUAACAAUGAUAAAAUGUAUAUCUAGUGGGCGGAAAUGCAGUUAAAGAACAUGAUUCUAAUCAAAUUCACAUACAUUCGUAACACAGCACAACGUAAUCGAGUUUAACCCACAAACUGUGGUUGGCCAAUUUCCUCUUUCUCUACUGUGUUGGCUGAUAAAAAUAAACUUGAAAGAACAACUUCCAGUCCAAUAUUUUACACUAAAUAAAACUAAUUCCUUUUAAAAAUAAAUAAAAUUCCAUUUUUCGCUCUUCUUUGUCCUUUUUUAAAACUUUGUUGUUAUUUUUUUGCAACAGUCUUUAUCAAGCAAAUUUGUGUAGGUAGAUUUUCACGAAUUGCAUGAGGCCAUGGCUUGACCAUCUGACUUACAAAAUAAAUCAGUUGGGAAUCUUUUUGAUAACUUUUUAGUUAAUGACUAAAAACGAUUUAGACCUAGGCCUAGAACGAGUAGGCUGUGUCGCAACAACAGGACUCGUUCAAAACUAUGUUGCAGAUGACUGUGUACCAACAAAAAAUAAUCGGAUGUUCUGUAUAUUAUGUUUUAUUACAUUUCAUUUUAAGGGUUACAUAUUUAUAUAGCAGCUUUUUAAAUUUUAUGUUUUUUGCUAUUUAGUAAUGUUUAUAUUGUUUAUGUUGUGCUUUGUUACUCGAACGUAAUUAUAGGUAUCAGAAGAAAUUAUUUUUUUUUUAAAAUCCACUUAUAACUAAAACAUAUACAAAUAAUACAUUUUCUGAAAGAUAAAUAAAAGUGUUAUCAUAUUAUAUAAAGUUAUAAUAAUAUGUCUUAAAAAAUGGUAGUUUGGGGUACUUGAAAAGAAAAAUUUUCAUUACUUUCUUUAUUCUUGAUCACUCCAAGGUCAAGGUAACGAUCGCAGUGUAUUAAAUAGCAUUAACGAAAUAGCCAGUAUGAUUCCCCACUCAGUCUAAUUUCAAUAAAUAAAUAUUUUAUGGGGUACUUGCAUGUGAAAAAUCGCCUGUUCCAAAGGCACCCAAAAUCUCUAAAUUGCCUGCAAGCACACAAUAGUAACCAGCACAGAAGUUCAUAAGUUCAUGGGUUAACUUUCUUUAUUACAGUUCAUCUUUAACUUUUAUUUCAUAGAAAUGCAAUUGCAAUAAAAAAUUUAAAAAUUUACUCUCUGUUUUUAGGAUGCCUUACAAGCUGUUACACGAUCAGCUAUUCAAGAAGCAAAAAUGAAAGAUAUCCGCCAAGAAAUUCUCAAUUCAAACAAACUCAAGGUUAGUAGAUCUUUAAUUUGUUUUAAAAAACGUAAAAUAAACAAUUUCCCCAUCUCUGUGGUUUAGCCUGUAAACUCUAUUUGAUGACAUGUCAGCCUGUAGACAUUUUGAUGAAAUUGCAGCCUGUCAACUCUAUUCGAUGACACUUCUGGAUUGGAAAAAAAUGUUGACUUCUAAAUUUUUUAAAGAUGUUCUCAAGACAACCAAAACUUUCAGGACAUGUUAUAUUUGUACUUGACCGCAUUAGAUUAAAAUAUAUAUUAAGCUUAAGGGAAAUAAUGUCAUUUCCAGAACCAAUUGUUUUUAUUUCUGUGUCUGAAUAACUAAUCCGGUCUGAUUUUGUAAUUAGUGUAACCUAUGUAACUUUACCAUUGAGCUCAUAUUAGACUUCAUACCAACGUUUCCACAUUGAAAUGAAACUUUUUCAUUCCCAUCCUCUUUCUUUUACAGUCAUAUUUUGAUGACAAUCCCCAAGACUUGCAGGCCCUGCGACAUGAUAAACCUCUCCAUGCUGUUAAAACUACAAAAGAAUUGAAGCAUGUUCCUGAAUACAUAGGUGUGUUAUUUGUUUGUUCCCAGUGCCACUUUGUUUUAUAAAGCCUUGCAAUGUUAUUGCAGCAAUUAUAGAUGGUGUGAUGAAACAUUUUGAAUUCCACUUCAGCUCAAAGUCAGAUUGUAAAGCAGAUUUGUUCUUAGGCUCUUUAGUUUUCCACAAAAUGAUCUUGUUGCACAUUGUAUCCAAAUGUCACAAUAAUGUUGUUUCUUGGUCAAAGGCGUGAUGCGCCUUGUUAAAAUAAUUGAUGUAGUACAUUAGCUAGGCUUCAGGAUAUGUGACUUGAGGGUUAUGUUAUGUAAAAUAAUUUUGGAUUAAGAUCAGUAUUGGGCAGGCCACUUUGUAGUGCUGUCAUUAUUAGAUGGUAAGAAGUAUAUGUGUAGUAUUUAGAAGCCCUGUAUGUGUUACAUGUGUAUAUAUGUUAGUGUCGUUCGUAUUGUUGUCUUUGUUACAAAGCGGAGUAGACCGACUUAGACUGCGACAGUUAUUUCCCGGCUUUGGUUGAGUACAAAAAGCCAGUGUCUUUGUAUUGUCAAAGCAAGCCAGGUUUGUGUAACAGAAGAUAUUGGAUGCUUUUCAAAAACCCAUCAAGUCAAUGCCUCCAACUUGACCUUGUAAAAUGGAGGUGCAUCAAUCCUUCAGCCACUGUAUACAAAGUUAAACAAUAUCUGCGACUAAGUUGGUUGGGAAUACAAAGUAUUUGGAUGUUUCGUAUAUUUAUCCUAAUCAGUCUGGGUUGUCAGCAGCAACAUCGCUUGUAUUCAACAGUCUGGGUUGUCAGCAGCAACAUGGCUUGUAUACAACAAUCUGGGUUGUCAGCAGCAACAUGGCUUGUAUACAACAAUCUGGGUUGUCAGCAGCAACAUCGCUUGUAUACAACAGUUUGUGUUGUCAGCAGCAACAUCGCUUGUAUACAACUGUCUGGGCUGUCAGAAGCAACAUCGCUUGUAUACAACAGUCUGGGUUGUCAGCAGCAACAUCGCUUGUAUACAACCGUCCUGGUCCUAGUAAAUACUUGUAGACAGCUUGCUCACUUUCCGACUUAUUCAAUUUCACCCCUGUAGACAGUAAGCUCACUCUCUGGUGCUUAAAUUUCAACAACACCCACUGUCUAAACCAGUUCUCUCACCCACUAGCUAGAUCAGUUUUCUCCUUGUCUAGGUGCACAAAACAUGGUACGGCCCAAAUUCCUGAAAUACAAACCCCCCCCCCCCCCCCCCCCCCCCCCCCCCCCCCCCCCCCCCCAAACCACCACCCCACACACACACAAAUAGCUACAGUAUGUUACUGGAAAAACUGGGAGUGACAACAGAUGAUCAAGUGAGCAGGAUCGAUAAUUUUAUUAUCUCUUCAGCCAUCUUUUUAAAGAUUAUAUAUAUUUAUUAAUUUUAUUUAUAUGACCUGCUUACGUAUCGCCAGAUUGCAAAAAAUGGUAAAGAAUUGGCAUUUAAUUCCUUAUCUUGACAUAGAACUGUAAUAGAACAUCAAGUCUCCUGUAUUUAAAAUGUCUGUUGAUUGUUAACUCCACUCUUUUAUUUUGACAACAGUACCAGAUACACUGCGCAACAUGAGGAGAAGUGGCAACACAAGAAGUGACUCCCACAGUGUCAGAUUUAAGCAAGGAAGGCCUGUAUCACAGGCUGAGAAAAAGUUCAGAGUAUGUCAUUGAAAUUUCAAUUUUCCAAUUUUUUUCCAAUAAAUGGUUGUAUUAAGAGUUGUUCUUGCAGUUUAGCUCAUAAAUAAAUUUAGUUUGCAUGCAACUGAUGAGGAAUUUCUUUCUUUUGUAAAGCUCUUCCCUGUUAAACUUGGUAUCUUUAAAAUUUGACAGUGGUCACUGGAUUUAUUUUAACCCUUUCCGCCGCAACUAUAACUUGCUAUAAUUGAUGCCAAGUCAACUGUGUUUAAAAAAACACAACCAGAGGCCAUCUUUUAGUUUUUUUGUAUUUACAGAGAUGACCUUGGCCAUUUGGUCCAUGACGAAGAUUGCCUCCUUUGAUUUUGUUGUUAUAGAGCACAAUCCCUGGUUUCUUGCAUUCAGUUUUACAUUCAAUAUCAGGAUGAUUGCGUACUGGAGCAAUACAUUUUUCUGCUCUGAGCUCUGGUAUUUGACAAGGUUGUUUCUAGUCUGAAUAAAAAAACUGAUCUGUCGAGAGGCAGGACCUUCUAUUGCUCGAAACAUUUGGGUAGAAACAUCUUGUUCCAUUUCACUGUUCCAACUAUGGGGUGAGUCUGUACUUGGCCAUUGGUUCUGCAAGUUGUAGGGUAAUGAAAUAAUAGUCUGUUCUGACAUUGCAGCCACUUGCCUGGAAGCCUGUUAUGAGUGAAAUCACAGUCUCUGGGGAUAUUCCGACAUUUCUCUUUGCUGGUAGGGCGCUGACGAUUCGCAGGCACAGAAGAUUUUUAUUCCAUAUUUGUCUGGCUUUCUUGGCAUAUAUUGAAUAAAUCUGCACCGACCUCUGGAACCAACCAGUUCCUCACAUUCUAUGAUGUACUCUCCAGGAACAAAAUAUCUCGCCAAAUUUCUCAGGAAUGUUUCUCAUACAUCUCUUAUGGGAGCAAAGAUGUCAUGAGCCAGAAAUGAUUGAUCUUUGUUAUCAAAGGAAAUAUGAAUCAGAACUUUGCUGAAUCUCUUCAUUGAAAAUGCUGCCUUAAAAAGAGGAUUUCCAUCAACAUGGCUCAAUAAAAAUUCCACUGAAGUGCUGUUCUGAUGAAGAGCGCCAGUGUGUAGUAAGCAGCCAUUAAAGGCUUUUAUUUAGAUCUCAUCAGUCCCUUUUUACCUUCCCUGUUGGUGCAGUCGGCUAUUGUUUGUAUCAUUUUUCAUUAAUGUACAGAACAAAAUUUUCAUUGGGAGAAACAACAUGAUCUGGGAAGAGAGUUUGAUUACAAGGCAACUAAAUCAUGCCACAUUGUAAAACAGAAAAUAACAUAAAGAGAACCAUUCACUGUGAAAUAAGACUAUGAGUGUAACCCACCCAGUUGCCAGGAAUAGCCAGAAACACUUUUUCCCAUUAUAAUAAGUGUACGGGUGUGCUACACGUAGUCGUCGGGGACAGGGUAUACAAUAUGUUGCGGCAGAAAGGUUUAAAAAUCCAAAUGCCUUGUUCGUUCCCAUUCCACAGCUAAUUUUUAAAAAAAAACUGAGGGACAAAGAGAGCAUCCUUUACUUGUUUAUUAUAUACAUAUUUUCCUAUCUCGUCUCCCUUGGUUGCAUAGUCAAAUAAGAUAUUUCAUUGAAUUAAAAGCAUUCUUAUUUCAGAUGCUGUAUGUUAUUCAAUGUAAAAACUAUCAUACUAUUAGAACCUUAAAAUAUGACUUGUUUUGUCUUUUUCAUGACAGAAACGAAAAGCUGAUCCACUGAAGAGUUUUGAGUUUGCUGGUCUAAUGGAGAAUAAGAAGAAAAAACAGAAGAAAUAAAUAUUUUGAAUUAGAAA